AUGAUCAUGUCAACCAAUAAGAGACUAGGAAUGAUCAUGUCAACCAAUAAGAGACCAGGAAUGAUCAUGUCAACCAAUAAGAUACCAGGAGAGUCCAGCCGCCCGCCUCCGCGUAUCAACGACGACACAAACCCGUCCCCCCUCACUACCUCCCAUCAACGACGUCUCGCUACCCCAGCAGCCUUGCCUCCCGCGUAUCAACGACGACACAAACCCGUCCCCCCUCACUACCCCAGCAGCCGCCCGCCUCCACGUAUCAACGACGACACAAACCCGUCCCUCUCACUACCCCCGCCCGCCGCCUCCAGCGUAUCAACGACGACACAAACCCGUCCCCCUCACUACCCCAGCAGCCGCCCGCCUCCAGCGUAUCAACGACGACACAAACCCGUCCCCCUCACUACCCCAGCAGCCGCCCCUCCCGCGUAUCAACGACGACACCAAUCCCCCUCACUACCCCAGCAGCCGCCUCCCAGCGUAUCAACGACGACACAAAACCCGUCCCCUCACUACCCCAGCAGCCGCCCGCCUCCCGCGUAUCAACGACGACACAAACCCGUCCCCCUCACUACCUGCGUAUCAACGACGACACAAGCCGUCCCCCACUACCCCAGCAGCCGCCUCCAGCGUAUCAACGACGACACAAACCCGUCCCCCUCACUACCCCAGCAGCCGCCCGCCUCCACGUAUCAACGACGACACAACCCGUCCCCCUCACUACCCCAGCAGCCGCCCGCCUCCACGUAUCAACGACGACACCAAGUCCCCCUCACUACCCCAGCAGCCGCCCACGCCUCCAGCGUAUCAACGACGACACAAACCCCCCUCACUACCCAGCAGCCGCCCGCCUCCCGUAUCAACGACGACACAAACCCGUCCCCACUACCCCAGCAGCCGCCCGCCUCCACGUAUCAACGACGACACAAACCCGUCCCCCUCACUACCCCAGCAGCCGCCGCCUCCCGCGUAUCAACGACGACACAAACCCGUCCCCCUCACUACCCAGCAGCCGCCCGCCUCCCACGUAUCAACGACGACACAAACCCGUCCCCCACUACCCCAGCAGCCGCCCGCCUCCCACGUAUCAACGACGACACAAACCCGUCCCCUCACUACCCCAGCAGCCGCCCGCCUCCCACAUCAACGACGACAAACCAUCCCCUCACUACCCCAGCAGCCGCCCGCCUCCCACGCAUCAACGACGGCACAAUCCCCCUCACUACCCCAGCAGCCGCGCCUCCCACGUAUCAACGACGACACAAACUCGUCCCCCCUCACUACCCCAGCCGCCCGCCUCCCACGUAUCAACUGCGACACAAACCCGUCCCCCUCACUACCCCAGCAGCCGCCCGCCUCCCACGUAUCAACGACGACACAAACCCGUCCCCCUCACUACCCCCAGCAGCCGCCUCCUCACGUAUCAACUGCGACACAACCCGUCCCCCUCACUACCCAGCAGCCGCCCGCCUCCCACGUAUCAAUGACGACACAAACCCGUCCCCCCUCACUACCCCAGCAGCCCGCCUCCCGCGUAUCAACGACGACACAAACCCGUCCCCCCUCACUACCCCAGCAGCCGCCCGCCUCCCGCGUAUCAACUGCGACACUCACAAAAAGAUUGAGUGUUUUGGGAAAUUUGUGGAAAUUAUUUUCUUACGGGAAAAACUGGUCAUUGAAUCCAAACCUGACGUGUCCGACCUAACUGAUGCUUUUCCGAAAGAUGGGAUAUGGAGCAAGACAUUUCCAACGGAGACGUAA